UGUACCUACCUACUGUUACUUACCUACUACACUUACGGAAGCAUCGCGAGGUAUUUCCAAGACAGACUUUCCGGUUCAGUCAGGUAACGUGACACCUGUUGGGGGGGGGGCGGGGCUAAACGGCCCGAGAGCUGCAUCGCUGCCUAAGGUGUGGCCUGGAUUGUUUAUCAGCAGCAGCAGUUUCAGUUGAGACAUUUUCAGGUGCAGCAGAGACAAAGAGACAGAUUCUUCUCCCAGAGCAGCACCAGUGGAUCAACAUGUCCUCCCGGCCCAAUGGGAGUCCACCUCCCUACGACUCAGAUACCAGAGAUUACGUGCCCCCCCAGCCGGCCUACUCCUACUACCCUGAUGACGAGUUCCAGCAUUUCUACCGCUGGACGUCUCCGCCGGGCAUCCUUAAAAUCAUGUCCAUCAUCUGCAUCGUGCUGAGCGUUGGCAUAUUCGCGUGCGUUGCGUCCACGCUGGCGUGGGACGUCCAGGGAGCGAUGGACGGCUUCGGGGGCUACGGCUACGGGGGCUACGGGGGAACCGGGUACGGCGGCGGCGGCUCGUACGGCAGCUUUGGCGGCGGUGCGUACGGAGCUGGAAACAGCUACGGCUACGGCGGCAUCGGAGGGAACUACUACGACCCCAGGAAGAGCAAAGGGUUCAUCAUCUUCAUGGCGGCCGCCACCUUCAUCGCCUGUCUGACCAUCUUCAUCAUCAUCGUGUCCCACCAGAGCCUAUCGGACAGCAGGAGGUUCUACCUGGCCGUGAUCAUCAUCUGCGCCAUCCUAGCGCUGCUGAUGCUAAUAGCCUCCAUAGUGUACCUGGUGGCGGUGAACCCCAUGGCUCAGUCCUACGGGUCCACGUUCGGCAUGCAGAUCGCCGGGCUGUGUGCUCAGUACCAGGGGCCCCAGGCUUCAGGGCUCCUGGUCAACCAGUACCUCUACCACUACUGCGUCCUGGAGCCACAGGAGGCCAUCGCAGCCGUGUUCGGCUUCCUGGUCGGCAUCUCGCUCAUCAUCAUGCUCGUCUUCGCCGUGAAGACUCGCCAGAAAAUCCAGUACUUCGGCAAGAGCAACAUUUUGUGGAAGAAGGUGAAGGUGAUCAACGAGAUGGAGCCACCUCAGGACGUGGAGGCGUGGGUGAACAAUGUGUCCCACGGUCCUGAGGUGCUGCCGAUAGACUACUCUGAGAAGAUGAGAGGCUCCAGGAGUCACCUGGACGACGAAAGCACCAACUACGACAAACCCCCCUACAACUACACCCCCCAGCCUCCAGUUGAAGAUGACCUGCCCUUGCAAAGCGGGGGUCCCUACAGCUCCUACUCCGACGUGCCCAGCUCGGCGGGAAAGCCCAAAAAGAGACGCACGCCCCGGUCGCGUCAGGACAACGAGGCGGACUACAACUCCUCAGGAGACGAGCUGGACGACAACGACUUCGACACUGAGUUUCCAGCCAUAGCGAACGAGGCGGAGCGCACCGACUACAAGCGCCAGUUUGACCGGGACCACAAGGAGUACAAAGACCUGCAGGCGGAGCUGGACGCGCUCAACAAGAGCCUGGCGGACGUGGACAAGGAGCUGGACGAGCUGCAGGAGGGCAGCCCCCAGUUCCUGGAUGCUUUGGAUGAGUACAACAGGAUUAAAGACAUUAAAAAGACUCCAGACUACCAGGUGAAGAAGCGCAGGUGUAAAUACCUCAAGUCCAAACUGAGCCACAUCAAGAAGAUGGUCAGCGACUACGACCGCAAGGCCUGAGCAACUCUCAGAAGAAGAGAGCUACAAUAACACCGACGUGUGUCGGAGCUGUGAGCUGCUGAAACAUCGCAAAGCUCGUUUUAUACUUUGGAGGCACAGAAAACAAAGACCCUCUCUUGUAUUACAUGCCACUCUUUUGUAUUGUCAGUGUCACCGGCUAGAAGCUUUUAAAUGUAUUUAUUUUUUGCAAUGGUUUUGAAAUAAGUCUUUUGAAAUGGUCUUCGAGGAGUCGAGAUUCUAGAUAGUGGACACAAACUGGUUUUUAAUCUUUGUUUUUAAUAGCUCUUGUUACAAUGGAAUCAACAUGAGAUGCUAAUUUGUUAUAAGAUAUCUUUAAUUGUUAUCUCAGCGAUGUAAAUAUGUGGG